AUGGCCACCCAGUCCCCCCCUCCCCUGACCGUCCCCUCGUGGAUCGACGGAGCCGAAAAGACGCACGAGACCACCUUUGCCGUCAUCGCUCCCUCGACCAGCAACGUCUGCUGGAACGCCGCCUCGGCCUCGCCCGCCGAUGCCCUCCUCGCCGUCGAAGCCGCCGCGGCGGCGCUGCCCGCGUGGAAGGCCUCCAAGCCGAUGCGGCGCCGGGCCAUCCUGCUCCGGGCCGCCGCCCUCAUGGAGGAGCGCGCCGACGAGCUAAGCGGCUACAUGAGCACCGAGAUGGGCGCCGACGCCGCUUUCGCCCGCCACCUUGUGCUUGAGCUGGCCAUCGCCAUGUUGCGCGACUGCGCCGCCCGCGCACCCACCGUCUGCGGCAGCGUGCAGGCCGUCGAGACCGAGGGCCAGAGUGCCAUGGUGUGGAAGGAGCCGUACGGCGUUGUGUUGGGGAUUGUGCCCUGGAACGCCCCGUACGUCUUUGGCGUUCGCGCGGCCGCCACGGCCAUGGCAACAGGCAACACGACGGUCCUCAAGGCCUCGGAGAUGACGCCGCGCUGCUACUGGGCCCUGGGCAAGAUCCUGCACGACGCCGGAGCGCCGGCCGGCGUCGUCAACAUCAUCUCGAGCUGUCCGUCAGACGCCCCCGAUCUGGCCAGAGCCAUGGUCGAGCAUCCGGCCGUGAAAAAGAUCAACUUCACCGGCAGUGCCACCGUCGGGCGAAAAGUGGCCCGCCUCUGCAGUGACAACCUCAAGCCCGUCCUGCUCGAGCUCGGGGGCAAGAAUAGCGCCAUCAUCUUGCCGGAUGCCGACCUGGAAAAGGCCGCCAGGGCAUGCAUCGUGGGGGGUUUUGCCAAUGCUGGUCAGAUCUGCAUGUCCACGGAUCGCUUGAUCAUCCACGCAGACAUCGCACCCGAGUUCCUCCAGGUCCUCAAGAAGAGCCUCGCCGCUGCCCAGGCAGCCAGUCCGUCUCUUCCUCUGGUAGCCUCGGCAGCCUCGGCAGCGCGUCUCGGGUCAGUGGUCGCCGACGCGCAAGCCAGGGGGGCCCACGUCUUUUCGGGAGGCCCGAAUCCCCCUGGCAAAGCUGCACACUUCGCCCCGACGGUGCUCGGCGGCCUUUCCAGCGACAUGGAUGCUUCCAGGGAGGAGAACUUUGGCCCGCUGAUGGGCUACGUCACCGUAACAAGCGAGGAAGAGGCCGUCGAGGUGACGAAUGGCUCGGGGUACGGGCUGUCGGCCUCGGUCUUCACUAGGGAUCUUCGCAAGGGGUUCGCCCUAGCCAAGAAGCUCGAGUGCGGUGCGGUACACAUCAACAGCAUGACGGUUCAAGAUGAGGUUGCGCUGCCGUUUGGCGGCGUCAACCGCAGCGGCUGGGGCCGCUUCAACGCCGCCGAGGGCAUGGAGGAGUUUCUCGUCACCAAGUGCGUAACCUGGGACGACUAG